UAGCAUAGCAGGUGUAGAAAUACACCUGAGCCGAGUCCUCACAUCCGUUUUCAACAGGAAAUGUGUACAUUUAUAUAAUACUGUAUCUCUGAAAACAUCCUCUUACUGCCAAAGCUGCUACGGGUGGCCUAAACCUAACUUUCAAUUACGACCAAAAAGCUAAGUUUUGUUUUCAGGAUUUUUUAACAAUUUGGACUGUGUUUGUGUUAUCUAUUGGAAACCCGCUUUCAUCUGUUGCAAAACGUUUUGCAACAGAUUAAAUGUUUCGCCACGGAAUUCGACUAAUGAAUACACCCAGUUGUAUUGAAGGCAACAAUAGGUCCCCCAAAUUGACAGCUGAGAGAGAAGAAAUGGCGAUGCUAGGAUCCUUUAGCUCUGCACAGCAGAAGAAAAAUGUUUCUGGAGGCGACAGGGACGUGACAGAGUUCCUCUGCCCGGUUUGUCUAGAGAUUUUUGAUAGCCCUGUCACAACACACUGUGGACAUACGUUUUGUCAAAGUUGUCUGCAGGCGUGCCUGCGGCCCCAAAAGCCAGUGUGUGCCGUGUGCAGGGCAGCACUGGGUCACUGGGCCAAAGCCACUGACCUAGAUGCCCUCAUACACACCUCUGUGGCGGCCUGCAAGGGCUGUGGAGCACAGGUUGGCCUGUCCCAAAUGAGAGGCCACACGGCAGCCUGCUCCAAGUACCAGGAGUACAUUGAGGAGGGGGUCAGAACCACUGCCCAGACCCAGCCUAACAUUAUCGGCCCUUUGCCGAAUCGCUUCACCUUCUCCUGCCCGUACUGUAACUGCCAGAACCUUGACCAGGACGGCCUGGUGGAGCACUGCACUUCCCAGCAUGCCCGGGACACGCGCCACGUGGUGUGUCCUAUCUGUGCCUCUAUGCCUUGGGGAGACCCUAACUACAGGAGCGCUGACUUCUUCCAGCACCUCAAGAUUAGACACACCUUCUCUUAUGACACCUUUGUCGACUACUCCACAGACGAACACACUAUGAUCCAGGAGGCUCUACAGCGCUCCCUCAUGGAGAACUGAGGUGGUGUAUGUCUGGAGGAAAAGGGGAUUUGGGUGGGGGGGAAUUGCACUGCACCCUCCUUGAGCUGGGCUAGUGGUGUAACCAUAGGCAACAUAAUAUUAAGGGUGGGUGCAACUUCCUGCCUGCAUAACCAGGAAGCUUUGAGCCCUACCGAACAACUCCUCUUAUCACUUUAAUAUUAGACAAUAAUCAUUCAAACAUAAAUAAACCAAUACAAGUUGAACACAGUUAAUGUGCUUUCUGGUGUAGGACUGGUAGAAGAGUGAUGUCCCUGUAUCUCUCCAGAGAAGCGUGUUGUAAGAUCAGUCAUAAUCCACUGAGUCAUUAUGAUUUGAUCUGUUCAUUGAUAACAUUGUCAUGUAGGCCUAAUGUACCUGACUCCCAAAGUUAUGUUAGUUUGCUACUGUUGAUUCUGCAAUAAGAGGCUUUGACCACUAGGUGGCUACCCUUUGCCAACAAAAUGCAAUGAGACUUUGUUCUUCAAUGCGAGAAAGCAUUGUAACGUGUAAACUGCCAGUAACUCUUAUUCCAGGAGGAAUGUCUUUAUAUAAUGUGUACUCUAAAUACUUUUCCUGAUGAGAAUAGAUGUCUGAGUGUCAAACCUUCUCCCUGUGGUGUACACUUGUUCACACAAGAAACUUAAGUAGUGUUUUUGUCUUUUACUGUAUCCUUUUUGAUUUUCUCCCAAGUAGAGACAUGGGUCAGUGUGUUGCUUCGGAGCCUAGACUACUGAAUAUGGUGAUAGAGGCUGCAUUCUGAGAGUAGGACUUCUAUGCAUGUGACAUAAGAGCCAUAUUCCUUGAAUGUGGCAUUCCUCCGUGUAACCUCUCACGGCUUUCGAGGUGCAUGCUAGACCUUCUUGCUGGUAGAUGGCCUUCAUUUAAGACAUCUGUAAGUUAUUUGGUAUUGAUUGGUUAAGAUAUUAAGUAUGAGCCUCAUACAAUCAGGCAGUAUCUGUCGUUUAAAUAGUUUAUCAUUGGACAAUUGGAUUUGAUGCACUGCUAUGGGCUGUAGGCUGUAGUUUCCCAUGUUUGGCCAAAGGAGGGCAGUAGAGCUCCAUCACUCUCCAUCUAACAUUAGAGGCACUGUUCCAUUUCUAGCAUCAUCUCUAGACUUGCUAUUAGGAGUGCAGGCUUUCGUUCCGGUCCAGCACUAGCCUACUUACACACACACACACACACACACACACGCCUGUUUCGAAUAAUCAACUACUCAUAGUCUUCAAUAUGAACCACGAUAAGAUGGAUCAAGUACUGGGCUGCAUCAAAAGCCUGCUUACCUUAACUCCUGGGUGACACCCUUGCUCUGCCAUAGCUGGGUGGCUUUCAAUAGCAGCGAAAUAAGAAAACAUAUUUAGGGUACGAACUUAUUCAAUUAGAAAACAUUUUGUUUUCUAUUUCAAAACAUUUUCUGCUACCCGUUCCUCUGGAACAUGGCCCUAAUGUUGAUGGUGAGCAUUUGGAUGAGAACUUCAGAUGCUUCAGUAAAGUGUUUUUAUUUGUGAAAGCGUAUCCUAUUUAAUAAAUGAUUUGUUCUGGCUUUGUAGAGCUACUGGAUCUCUUUUACAGAGCUUUCACAUUAUGCCAGAGUUUCUGCCACAAGUUCAUAAAACAUACAUCGACUAAGUUUUAAUACAUUGAUCAGUUAUGUGUGGUCAAGGAAAUGAUGGAACUUCAAAGGGUGAGGCCUUUCUAUGCCUGGAAUGUGUAUGAGGGGAAAAAAUAACAUUGAAAUUGAAUGAUUUACAUUUUUGCCUGAUUUUCAUAAGUGGGGGUUGAAAAUAAUAUUGAAAUGCAUAAGUUUCCUUAAGAUCAAUCAAUAAAUAGCUAGGUUAAUGAAGGUUUUUGUUUAUAAUUUGAGAAAUGUUCAUUGUGUACAUUUUCUUAAGUAAGCCUUGCGUUUAAAAUCUACYAACCUGUGGUACCUAUAGGAUAAAUCACGCUCAGCUGAAGUAGCACUGGUUCGGAGGCUGAAUCUGGUUUUGCAUAAUUGUACUUUAUACCAGGAUUUUUUUGUUUUGUUUUUUUUCUCCAAUAAAAAUCUUUAUACGUGUGAUAAA